AUGUCGAAAGCUGCAGUCAUCAACAUCUCCACGAUGUUCUCCUCCAUUGAGUGGUGCCCCAAGAUGUUCACCUUGACACCGACGUGCGCCUACAGAACCAGCAAAGUGAGCUCUCUAUUUAAUCAUUCCAUCAAGAUGUUCAUCUGUUCUCGGGCUGCCCUGAACAUGCUGACAAGACACUGGGCUGAGAACUUUACAAAAGACUGAAUUCUUGUCAUGGCGGUACACCGUGGCUGGUUCUUAACUGACCUGGGUGGUGAACGUGCGCCCCUUGUGCUCAGGAUGGUCUCUUCCCUAAUGGAGAAACACAGUGGAACCCUGCUGGACUGGGAAGGCAACAAUAUCCUGUGGUGAUGCGUAGACAUUUCAGCAAAGGCGUCUCCAACACAGUUUGUGACAAUGCACACCGUUAUAAAUACCCUUGCCCUGACACACUGCCCGUGUCUGCAUUGUGUGCCAUAAAUGUUGCAAAUAAAUUAUUUAUGUAGCACAAUCCAUUGUUAUGUUUAAGCAUCACCUAAAUUUGGCGUACUGUGUAACGACAGCUAAACUGAAGGUCAGAUACUGAGGGAUAUUCACUGGAUAGCCAUGAAGGCGAGAUCAGUUGAGGAACUUCCCAGAGACGUUUCCUGAGAGCAGAGUGGCAUGAUUAAAGUCAGCCACUUCCCCUAGAUGGUCUCGUGACAGUGU